AUGGUCUGGCAGUACGUGACCCCGAUCUUCGGAUCACUGUUGGCCCUCCUCCUCGUCGUGCUAUAUUUCGCCGAGCCCGCCGACGAGGCCCUUGCCGCCGAAGUGAUUCUCGGAGAUAGGCGCGAUGACGAUGGCUGGCUGCCGCCGGCGUUCGUUGACUUCACGGGGGCAACGAACGCGCCGCAGGACACGUUGGCGGCCAUCCAGGAAGCGAACAGGACGGGCGCCUCGGGAAUCAAGCUCUACUUGGACAUCGUGGCCAAUGGCGUGGGUGUGCUCUUCCACGACAGGAACCAGCUGGAAAGAACCGCCAAACGCCAGGGUAUGCUGGAGGCUGCGAAAGACCCGAACCGACUCCCAGCGAACGAUGCCGGCAAAGAAUCGUCUGCUGCACGCUUCCAGGGCAAACACGUGCCGACGCUGGAAGAAGGCAUCGAUGCGUGCCUCCGUCUCGGCCUUCGGGUAAUAGUGGACGUCCAGGAACACGAUGCCCACUCCCUGAUCCACCUCAUCGAACUGUUCCAUGGCCGGCCCGAAAUAUUUAGACGAGUUCUGGUCGCCUCUCCCAGUCCGAUGUUUCUUGCUCGCCUGCGUGGUGGUCGCAAUGCGACCAUCGUGACGGCGCUUACCUGGCCAAUCGGAUCCUACGCGUACGAGGACGCGCAGAACACCAAGCGACGCUACGACAAACUCGUCUGGCACCUGACUGCGAAGGCCGCCGACUGGCUUCUCGAAUGGUCCUUCGAAUGCGGCCUGCUGACUCGCCUGACCAUGGUUUCGGCGGUGCUGGUUAACGCAAGUGUGAUAAGCCCCCAGUACGUGGGCUCUUGUAGUGGUCGGGGCCUGGGUGUCAUCGCGCUGGCUUCGAACGACUGGGCCGAGCACGAAUAUCUUCGUCGAAUUGUUCGGGUGCCUAUCGUUACGGACAACUUACGUCGUGCUUAG